CUUCGCGAUACGUGCUGCUGAGUCUUCAAAGACCGCUGCUGCUAAGAGUCAGAAGUUUUGGAGAAUUUGGAACAAAACAAAGAUGAUCGGAAAGCUAGCCGUACUGUCUCUGUGCGUACCGGCUUGCACGACAGCAGGGGUGGCGUGCGAGUGGUACCCUUCGGCGGACUACCAGGACGUGGGGAAGCAGUGCUCCGGUAUGGCGGUGACUGAGGUGCCGCGGAUGCUGCCCAGCGGCCUCCAGCUGCUGCUCCUCACCAACACGGCAGUCUCGUCUCUGGACAGCUCCAGCUUCCGGGGCCGCAUCCUGCCCAAGGUGACGACCCUGAGGGUGACCGGGGGCGCGCUGACCAGCGUCGGCGCGCACGCCUUCUGCGCCCUGCCGGCGCUCACCCUCCUCGACUUGUCACGCAACCAGUUGAAAUUGCUGGACAGUCUGAGCGUCAGUUGCAACAAAUUUUUAAGAAUUGUAGUCCUGGUGGAUAAUCCCUACCUCCAGCAGUUUCCGCAAAUGGUCAGCUCUUCAGUGGAAGAACUGCACCUGGACAACUGUAACCUUGCGAGCAUCGACGUUGGGAUCGUCGAAGGGAUGCCCUCCCUCAAGGUUCUCUCUCUGAUUGGUAAUCGACGUCUCCACCGCCCGUCCGUGAAAACUCAGUUUAACGUGGCUCGGCCCAAUCUCCGGGUCGACUGCGAAGAUUCUGCUUCGGAUCUCCCUUCCUCUAUCUUUCCUGAUGACCAUAGAGCCACUCCAGAAGAAUCGCUCAACGAAUCAGAUACCACUGGCGGUGAAGAAAGCACUUCAGAAUCAUCACACAAUGAAUCCAAUGAAUCAGAUUCCGCAGUCGAGAACAAGGAAAACUAUGACACUGCAAAUGCUGCGUCCAGUAUUCUACCAUCAUUUGCAACCAUUGCUGUUAUAUCUAUCGUCAUAAUUAUUUGAGUUUUAUAAUGCUUCACUAUUGUUCCGGAAACAAAAAUAAUUCGAAUCCCGCGGUUCCGACCAAGGUGCUCUGGAGGUUUCUCUAGAUCAUCAGGCUAAUGCUGGACUGGAUGUUCCCUGCUAACUAUUCCCCACCCCACUCCCAAACUACUGUAGUACUUGACUAAAAACAGUAAAUUUCUAGAACAGCCCGCAGAACUCUAAGGAGGAGGGAAUAAAAGUAGAGAAGGAAAGUUGUUGCACAAUUAAAUCAUGGUUCUUCAGGAUCUUUAAACUAGUUACAACUAGAAAUUUUCAUGAUAUUAUUAAUUUUUGAAACCAGUCUAAGUACUAAUCCGGUAAACUAUACCCAGCUACUUUUUUAAAAUUUUCAUUUAUUCUCAUAAAACAGUAUUAGAACCUUUUCAGGUUCCGACAUGUAUCUCACAUGUUAUCAUCCAAAGAUGAGCCUGAAAAGCUUUAUACAUUGCUACGUUCGUAUUCAGUGCUUAGUCACGUAUUCUAGACAACCUGUAAAGGAUAAGCUUAUUCGUGUAGGACCCGACGGAACUAACGUUUUAAAAUUUAAUCAGUUAUGAAAAUUUCUCUUUCUUAUCGAGUGUAUACGGAACAGACAUUUUGGAAAUAUACCCACCACUCCUCGAUGCCAAUCAGAGAGAACGAGAACCAUACUCUUACGAAAAAGACAAAACAAACAGAUAACCAAAAAAAAGAAAGAAAGAAAUUAGCAGCAGCCUGUCUUUCGAGGACUCGGCAGAGAUAUGUCGCGAAGUAUCGAAACAAAGUGACAUUCAUGGAGUCAAGACAGCAGGCCUAAGUGUAUGAAGUAGGUUGAUAAAAUGAUACCAACGCAUCGACACCUUUUUCGGCAAGCUAUCGAGGAUCAAUACAUGAUGUGGACUUACCGCUGAGCGACAUACACCUCAGAAUAAUGGGGCUCUGGUUUUACCCGAAACACGAAGAACACGAAUUCUUUUUGUUUCCUCGCCACCGAUAAUGUACGAUGAAAUGAGAUGACGCAAAAGCUGGAACAUGACACAAGGAACUCAAGAUCAAGAACUUAAUGAACUGAGAAACAAAUACAAUACAUAUGACAAAUAAAGUGUCUAUAAAUGUUGAAAA